AGCGUAGGGGGUGUGACAGCUCCCGCCCGGACCAGUGCCAGCUGCAGCCUCGCUUCGGCGCCCGGUGCCAGCUGGCUUAUUCGUCUGGGACGGAGGCGGAGGCUUGGGGCUCCUUGCCGCUGGGGGGGGGACUCCCCCCUACGCCCCCUGCCCUCAACCCACCCAAAAGGAGCCUCUACACCCAGCCGGUCGCCCUGGCAGCCAGUCCAGCUAGGAAUUAACCCUGUUCCGCUUCGCCUGGGGCUUACAGCCCACACCCCUCCAGGAGGAGUAGGGGUCUCGAUGAGGGUCUCCCCCUCCCCAACCUUUUGCUAGAGCCUGCAGGGCUGUGCAAGCUUGAGAAGGACCAUGAAGGUGGGCUGGCCAGGUGAGAGCCGCUGGCAGGUGGGCCUGGCUGUGGAGGACAGCCCAGCUCUCGGAGCAUCGCAGGUGGGAGGCCUCCCGGACGUGGUGCCGGAGGGGACCCUGCUCAACAUGGUGCUGAAGAGGAUGCACCGGCCCCGGAGCUGUUCUUACCAGCUGCUGCUUGAGCACCAGCGCCCCAGCUGCAUCCAGGGGCUCCGCUGGACGCCACUCACGGACAGUGAGGAGUCCCUGGAUUUCAGCGUGAGCCUGGAGCAGGCCUCCACGGAGCGGGUGCUCCGGGCUGGGAAGCAGCUGCAUCGACACCUCCUGGCCACCUGCCCGACCCUUAUCCGAGACCGGAAGUACCACCUUAGGCUCUAUCGGCAGUGCUGCUCUGGCCGGGAGCUGGUGGAUGGGAUCUUGGCACUGAGCCUUGGAGUUCAUUCCCGAAACCAAGCCGUUGGAAUCUGCCAGGUGCUUCUGGAUGAAGGUGCCCUUUGCCAUGUGAAACACGACUGGACCUUCCAGGACCGAGAUACCCAAUUCUACCGUUUCCCCGGGCCAGAGCCAGAGCCCGUGGGAGUCCAUGAGCUGGAGGAGGAACUGGUGGAGGCUAUGGCCCUGCUCUCCCAGCGGGGGCCUGAUGCCCUGCUCACUGUGGCGCUUCGAAAGCCCCCAGGUCAGCGCACAGACGAGGAGCUGGACCUCAUCUUUGAGGAGCUGCUGCAUAUCAAGGCCGUGGCCCACCUCUCCAACUCGGUGAAGCGGGAAUUAGCAGCAGUUCUGCUCUUUGAACCCCACAGCAGAGCAGGGACCGUGUUGUUCAGCCAGGGAGACAAGGGCACCUCGUGGUACAUUAUCUGGAAGGGAUCUGUCAACGUGGUGACCCAUGGCAAAGGGCUGGUGACCACACUGCAUGAGGGAGAUGACUUUGGACAGCUGGCUCUGGUGAAUGAUGCACCCCGGGCAGCCACCAUCAUCCUGCGAGAAGAUAACUGUCAUUUUCUCCGUGUGGAUAAGCAGGACUUCAACCGUAUCAUCAAGGAUGUGGAAGCAAAGACCAUGAGGCUAGAAGAGCACGGCAAAGUGGUGUUGGUGCUGGAGAGAGCCUCCCAGGGCGCUGGCCCUUCUCGCCCCCCAACCCCAGGCAGGAACCGGUAUACAGUGAUGUCUGGCACCCCAGAGAAGAUCCUAGAACUGCUCUUGGAGGCCAUGCGGCCUGAUUCCAGUGCUCAUGACCCAACAGAGACAUUUCUCAGCGACUUCCUCCUGACCCACAGCGUCUUCAUGCCCAGCGCCCAGCUUUGUGCUGCCCUCCUGCACCACUUCCACGCGGAGCCCUCAGGAGGCAGUGAGCAGGAGCACAGCACCUACGUCUGCAACAAAAGGCAGCAGGUCCUGCGGCUGGUCAGCCAGUGGGUGGCCCUGUAUGGUCCCAUGCUCUACGCUGACCCCGUGGCCACCAGCUUUCUCCAGGUACCUGGGAGUGAGGCAGGGCCGGAUUGGGCUGCCAGCGUAGAUGCAGCCACCUCUGUGUUGAUGAAUCUUGGCUCCUCCCAGAAACUCUCAGACCUGGUGAGCAGAGACGCGCGGCUUUGCAUCCUGCUACGGGAGCAGUGGCCGGAGAGGCGGAAACACCACAGGAUGGAAAACGGCUGUGGGAAUGCAUCUCCUCAGAUGAAGGCCAGGAACAUGCCUGUUUGGCUCCCCGGCCAGGACCAGCCCCUCCCCAGCAGCAACUGUGCCAUUCGAGUUGGGGACAAAGUCCCCUAUGACAUUUACCGGCCGGACCACUCAGUGCUGACCCUGAAGCUGCCUGUGACGGCCUCAGUGAGAGAGGUGAUGGCAGCGUUGGCCCAGGAGGAUGGCUGGACCAAGGGGCAGGAGCUGGUGAAGGUCAACUCUGCAGGCGACGCCAUUGGCCUGCAGCCAGAUGCCCGUGGUGUGGCCACAUCGCUGGGGCUCAACGAACGGCUCUUUGUUGUCAACCCACAGGAAGUGCGCGAGCUGACCCCGCUCCCCGAGCAGCUGGGGCCCUCCGUGGGCUCUGCUGAGGGGCUGGACCUGGUGAGUGCCAAGGACCUGGCGGGCCAGCUGACGGACCACGACUGGAACCUCUUCAACAGUAUCCACCAGGUGGAGCUGAUCCACUAUGUGCUGGGCCCCCAGCAUCUGCGGGACGUCACCACCGCCAACCUGGAGCGUUUCAUGCGCCGCUUCAACGAGCUCCAGUACUGGGUGGCCACAGAGCUGUGUCUCUGCCCUGUACCCGGCCUGCGGGCCCAGCUGCUCAGGAAGUUCAUCAAGCUGGCUGCCCACCUCAAGGAGCAAAAGAAUCUCAACUCUUUCUUUGCCGUCAUGUUUGGCCUCAGCAACUCGGCCAUCAGCCGCCUGGCCCACACCUGGGAGCGGCUGCCCCACAAAGUCCGGAAGCUGUACUCGGCCCUGGAGAGGCUGUUGGACCCCUCAUGGAACCACCGAGUCUAUCGACUGGCCCUCACCAAGCUCUCCCCUCCCAUCAUCCCCUUCAUGCCCCUUCUUCUCAAAGACAUGACCUUCAUCCAUGAGGGAAACCACACGCUGGUAGAGAAUCUCAUCAACUUUGAGAAGAUGAGAAUGAUGGCCAGAGCCGUGAGGAUGCUGCAUCACUGCCGAAGCCACAGCAAUGUGCCCCUCUCACCGCUCAGAAGCCGCGUCUCCCACCUCCACGAGGACAGCCAGGCAGCCAGGACAUCCACGUGCUCCGAGCAGUCGCUGAACACCCGGAGUCCAGCCAGCACCUGGGCUUAUGUCCAGCAGCUGAAGGUCAUCGACAACCAGCGGGAACUCUCCCGCCUGUCCCGGGAGCUGGAGCCAUGAGGAGGCUGGGGCCCGAGCGGGCACUUCCCGUCAGGAAAGCCAGGGCACGCCCGGGGCCAAGAGGCCCACAGGCUGGCCACAGCUGGGCAGGGCUCUCCGCAGAGUGGACUCAAGGCCCUGGAGCGGGCAGCGUGGAGGCAGCUGUCCCCUGUGAUGACGGGUGGCCAAGGAGGACCUCGGAAUGGAAUGAGCCGGGGCCCAAGGCCAAGGAAUGGGGGGCAGAGAGGCCCUGGAGCGGGUGGGAGAGCAGAGCAGGUGCUGGGACUCUGGGUUCAAUAGAGAGCUCUCCACACCAGGUUUUUCCCAGA